AUGACUAGUCAUACGUUUGACCUACGGGCGCAAAAGAGAAAUGUUUUUGUGACACAGUUAAGGUAGGAAGAAUACUUUUACAAAAGUGGACGAUAUAAAGUUUGACCUUGAUUGAUCUUGUCUCUUGUUUAAACUUUUCAGAGAUCAGGAAGAUUUUGACGAUGAUAAGGCUGAUUUUAUCAAGAAACAUGCAAUUGAUGAAGUAUGUGUUUAAAUCAAUGUAAAACUAAUUUUCACGAGCAUAUGUGAAAGCGAUCAACGCGCACGAACGUAUCAUUUCCAUGAACCAUGAUUGCAGUUUUAAAUGCUUAUCAAUUGCUGCUUGUAUAACGUAGAUAAAGAGAAACAAAUUUAAAGUUUGAUAGUUUAGUAGAAUAGUGUACGAUUUGUUCGAAUUUUCGAGAAUGAGAAACACUCUGUUGAUUAAUUUAGUUACAUUCUAUUGAAUUACGUGUUUUAAUUGGUUCUUAAUUACGUCCUUGCUCAUUACGUUGUAACACUGAAGUAUUCUACAUUCUACACCACUAAUAAUGGUAUAAAUUCUGAUCUGUCACAUUAUUUGGUUGUUGAAAAAUUGUGUAUACACGUAGUAUUAUUUGAAAAAUGUUCAUUUGCUGCAUAAUUUAGUUUGAAGUCUUUAUAGCUUAUUUGAAAAAUGAAUAAGAAUCAUUCCUAACCAAAAAGUUUCAAAAUUGUGUAUUGAACCAAAUUAUCUCAGUUGUGUGAUUUCACGUCAAUUUUAAACACUGAUUCACACAGAGUUAAUAAUUUUAGGCAGCAGCGUGUACUCCCCCCCCCCCCGAUUUCAACUUUUCAGAACAGCCCCCCGGUUAGAGGCAUAGAGUACCAAGAAACUCGAGGGAACGACAAUCUCGUACCCAAAGUAUGCCCGUUCGCAGGUUAGGUACUGGGCAUGCCCAAUACUUAACCUGCGAACGGGCAUACUCUGGCCACGCACUCGCGAUCACUGCUUGGGUCAACACUGCAUGCCCAUGCAGCCAUCUGCAUCAAUAAUAAACAGCAUUUAAACAUCCCCAUGGCAUGCAUGGCUUAUAUUAUACCCAAACAACCCCAGCCUCUCAUUCAUUAGCCCAACUGAUCGGGCUGAUAAGUUUUUCAGGUUGAAGAUGUUGCAGUAGGGUUAGGAGUUGCCAAGUUUGAAGGUUCUAUUGUCUGUUACAACAUGAAAAUAGCAAAAUUCAAUCCGUACUUACCCUGCAAAACUAACCAGCUGCUAGCAAUCUCAGUGAACUCUGGACGUUACAGGUUCAAGCUCUGCAUGGGCUCUGGAGUUUUCCUGAGCUUACAAAACAAACACUAGCACUAUAGCUAAUCUGAUGUACGUUUGUUAGUCUUCCAGCAAGCUUCUGUCAAGCAGUAUUAAGACGUUACAAUCAACACUCCUCAUCAAGCAAGCAAGCGAGGCUGAUAAGCUUCAGGAAGAACUACAAAAGAAAAGAGAGGAAUAUCAUGAAAAGAUGUUGGCAUGCAGCAGUAAGGAAGAGAUGUUAAGGAAAAGACAACAACAGGUUGGAAGAACUCGGUCUGUAAAUUAAGUUGAAAGGCUAGAAGGUUGUUGGGAUUACAAAGUUUCACAGUGCACAUAUAUGAACACGCGUUCUGUCUUCAAAAUCAUAUGUGAACAAAAUUGAAGGUCAAUGUGAUCAAUUAAAUCCUGAAAGUAUCAGACGUCUCAUGUUAACUACUGUUGGGAUUCUAUACAAUUUCCUAAUGAAUUCAUCGCGUUUUGGCCAAAAAAUCUUAUACGAAUUUCUAUACGAGCACAUGCCACUGCGAAUGGUGUUUGCUCGCUGUUUAAUUGUGCUUCAAGUGCUGUUUGCCGCAGCAGUGGUACUGCCGUUAGGUUGCAGUUCAGUUCAGUAGGACUGUGGUUAAUUGCUGCGAGCCGUCACGAGUACGGUUGAUCUAACGCAUUUUAACCAUGGUUUUUGUUAGGUUUGGUAUUUAUGAGCGAUACUAUAGGGUCACGUCCUUAACCAUAAGUUGAUAUUUUUGUACCAUUAACUGCUAGAUCGGAGAAAGAGUGAAUAAAUUUGACAAGUUCAUCAAAGAGACAGAAGUAAAAAGAAGACGUGCCUUGGAGAAAUACCAGAAUGAGAAAAGACUGAAAGAACAGAAAACAAAAGAGUUGCAAAUUCACACACAAGAACUAAGAAAACUUAGACAACGGUAAUAUUUCCUUUAAUUUGACACUGAGAAAUAAUGUCUCUUUUUGCUAGUAUAAACCUAGUAAAGUCUUUUUGCCUAAUAUGAAACACCAGGAAAGAAAAAUAGCUAGCUUAGUAGGUCACGACGUUUUGAGGAAUUACUGUAAAAUGCUUUUCUUGCUUUCUAUCUUAAAGGUUUAAACAUCUGCAAAAGAAAGUUGAAACGUUCUCAGUGUAUCAGAAGUAUUUGAUGAAAGUCGUUGACAUUACCCCAGGAGGUAAAAAAUUAUCGCGCUGUUCCACGUGCGCAAAAUAGUUGUUAAAAACUCAAACUUUAUGAAUCCAAAAGCGGCUUAUGGCCAAUACAAUAUUUUUCUUUUAGAUUAUUUCGACAAUACGAAUGACUCGGUACUACUGGGAAUUAUGGCGAGACAUAAAACUCUCUUUUCUACUUUUGAAGUACUUUCUGCUACAUUGGGCAGGAAGACGGAUGAGGUUUGUAAUUAUGAUGAAUAACUACGGGGCUGAUUAUCCUGAAAUAUAGACGAAUCAUCCUGAAAUAGACGCAUCAUCACUCACUGGGCCAAUUAUAAUCAAACCAUCACUAAUUAUCAUCAUCACUCAUUAUAAUCACUAAUUAUCAUCAUCACUUAAUUAUUAUCAUUAAUCAAUUAUCAUUACUAUCAUUAAUGAUCAUCAUCACUCAUUAUCACUAUCGUUAAUUAUCAUCAUCACUUAUUAUCAUCACUCAUUAUCAAUAAAACUAUUACUAAUUAUCAUUAUAUUUAUCAUUACUAAUUAUCACAUUACUUAUCACAUAUUAGGUAGAAGCUUACCAACAAAUUAUUCAGAAUACUAAACAACUGUAUAAUCAGCAGUUACUAGUAAGUGUGUUCAGUAUUUUGUGUGUUUCUCAAUAGUCGGCGUACUCACUUCUGUGCCCCAUUAGCACUAGGAGGCUUGUGUGGUGAAAAUCAGUUCUUGAGUCUGUUUGAAGUCGUUUAUUAUUAUUAUUAUACUGUUUCCAGAUAGACAACAGUGAUAUUGCAAAGUUACAGAACCGGUUAGAAGAUAUAACUCAUAGCAACGCUCAUCUUGAACAUGUGCUUCAGACUAGCGAAGAAAUUUACCGACAACAGGUAAAAUGAUUGAUGUUGACACUUAAUCGAGCAAGUAAAUUUAAUUCACAUCUCUCCAACUUAUUCUCUUCAAAUACAAGGUUACUACUUUAAUAAUUGUGAACAGACUGUAGUUAACAUUUUCUCACUUUAUUAAUAUAGCGAACAACACUGGGUCAGGUGAAACUAGCUGUACUAAAUCUUGCAGAGAAAUGCGUCAGAAAACAUUGUCCACCAUUGGUCAGUCUUGAUAUCCUUGACAUGCUCUCUGUUAUUCAGGUUAUAAAAUUAAUACCUAUCAAUUAAUAAUUUCACCUUGGUACAAGAAGGUAAAUUAUAUAACUUUACCAAACAUCGCUGACAGGAUCCAUGCUACAAGUUAGGUUAGAUUAAAUUUUCCUCUUAAUGCCCUUACUGGACCUUUAGGGAGAACUUAGAACUGACAGAACUAUCCAGUGUAUACUGUAAAUAAAGAAAGUUCAGCUAACAAAAUUCCCAAUUUUUGUAGUUGUUUAUACAAGAACACCAAGAUAUCUGCAUUUUGGCAAGAAACAUGAAGACGCCACCACUACCAGAUCAAUCUGACACUGAACAAUCAAACAGUGAAAGAAAAACAAAACUAAACAUUGUCAAUCAAUACUUGGCCAGACCUUCAAUAAAUUUGCUUGUCACUUCACAGUCUGAAGAAUAUUUUUGAAGGAGUAACAAACUAUGCUUCAGUGUCUUGAGCUAUCUCUUGGAUGACAAAAACUAUAAGCACUUGUUGAAUGAUCUCAAAUAAAUUUAUUAUUUUUGCUGUGG